UGUGACGCGUUCAGUGCCACGUUGGCAGCGCGGCCGACGCCUUCGUUUUCUGUUACUUUUGUUUCAUCGAUUCACCUAUACAAUUUGUAAAAAAAAUAAAAAGGAAAAAAAGUGUGUGCACGAAAAUAAAUAUAUUGAUAUAGAAAAGAAAAAGUAUAGAUUUAAAAUCAUUAAAAUCGUAUCGUGAGAAUAUCGGAGGAGCCUCUAAAAAAAUAGACAAGGACGAAGUGUUUCAAUCGUGUGAAAAAGCUAAGGAGAAUAAAUAAGAGAAAAGCAAAAAAGAGAAAGAGAGAGAGAGAGAGAGAUAGAUAGAUAGACAGACAGACAGACAGACAAAGAGAGAGAGAAAAAGAGGGAGCGAGCCAUUCUAAAAGUCCCUCUCUCCUUCUCUCUUUCUUUUUCUCUCUCUUUUUCUCAACACAGCGAGUGGUGGGGGAGUAAAAAUAUCUCUUUCUCUCUUCCUCCCUCCAUCUCUUACUCGACACUGUGAAAUCCGAUUCCGAACGAGUAAGGAGACUGUCCCUUCCACUACUCUUCUCCACCCGAGCUCAUUAGUCCACUUUCGUACGUUAUCGUGUUCAUUUUCGUGAUACGAAGCGCUUCGUCACAUUGCGUGAAAACACGCGGUUCUUUCCACAGAGAAAAAACCCUUCAAUACAUUAUUUCUUUCAUGGAGGAAGUUUAAUACAAGAAAAUAACUUCUUCUUCCUUUGCUUUAACAAGUAUUGUGUGUGUGUGCGUGUGCGUGCGUGCGUGAGUGCGUGUGAUUGUGCGUGGCGCGUGCGCGCGCGCGCGUCUCGUGUGUUAAUCAGCUUUUGGAAAGGAGAACAAAAAAGAUACUUUUUUUUCUUGAUGAAAAAGAGUGCAAUUAUGUCGUCGUCAUCAUCCUCUUCGGAUAUGAAUUUCAUGGAUUUAUUAUUUUCUCGCGAAGACGCCUUCCUUAAGGAUGUCGUUAAGGAUGAGCCUUUCGUCGAUCACAAUUACACUGACGACGCCAUCACGACGGAAGAAUGGCCAACGAAUCCGGACGAUUUCUUGGAUUCGAUUUUCAAAUUAGAAGAUAAUCAAUUCAAUCUGAUCGAAAAUGAUUUAGAAGCAAUUCCAUCCUCCUCAUCGGACAGUGGACUUUCCAGCGCUUUGAGUCUUUCCUGCGAGCAACAAUUGAGUCCUCUUUUACCGAUCGAAGAAGACCAAGCUGAAGUCUCGAAUUCAGAUUUAAGCAGUCCCCAGAAUUUUAUGGAUUUUGAUUCACUAGGAAGUCCAAAUCAAUCGAUGGGUAGUAUCGACAGUCCUAUAAGAUCGGUUGUCAGCUCGAAUAUAGGAUCACCAGUCACGGAUGUUAACGAAGAAAUGGAGUUCGAGCCAACUCUCGUAGCUGUGGUAAAUCCUAACAAUACCGUUCCUGAUUCUACUCCUGUCAUAACAACAGAUCAACAACCGACAGUUAAUAUAGAAGCACUAAUUAAGCAGCAGGCACAUGUGACGCCUCAAGAAAAUACGAUAAAUGUUCGCAAUCUGACGUGCAGUGGAAAGAGAAACAUAAGGCAAUUAAUUCGUGUUACACCAAUGGGAUCUGGUAACCCUAGGUCGAUUUUAUUACCCGUUAGCUUAAAGGACAUGAAGGAAGUACGAACAAUAAAGAUAAUAAACGCAUCGCAAGCCAGAAAUCUCAAAGGCUUCAAGAUUAAUCAAGCAAAUAUCAUUAACAAACCUGUUCAGAUGACCAUAAAGCAAGAAGAUUCCAGCAGCGAAAAAGGUUGUAAUUCGAGUGACGAAAUUUCGGAAACAGAUUCACCUUAUCCAAGAUUAAAAUUAAAUGCUGAAGAAAAACGUCUUUUACAAAAGGAAGGAAUAACAUUACCAACUCAUUAUCCGCUCACGAAACACGAAGAACGUGAGCUGAAGAGGAUCAGACGUAAGAUUCGCAACAAAAUAUCUGCUCAGGAUUCACGUAAAAGAAAAAAGGAAUACGUGGAUGGAUUGGAGGAUCGUGUAAAACAGUGCACAGAAGAAAACAUGACGUUGCUCAAACGUAUAAAAGCACUCCAAUCCCAAAAUCAGAGUCUAGCCGGUCAACUUAAGAGACUCCAAGCAUUAAUACAAAAAAGCAACAAGAGCGCUCAACCAGCAACUUGUCUGAUGGUCCUGUUACUUUCGCUAGCACUCGUAGCUGUGCCGAAUCUUCGACCACACUCAAAUUCCAACAAUGAACUCACAAAGGAGCAAGAACAACCUGAAAAGAUGCCGCCUCUUGCAGGUCGUUCGAGGACACUCCUUUAUACGAAACAAUUAAAAGAUGAAGAACUGCAACAAUAUGGCGAGGAAUUGUUGCAGGAAGUCGAGGGUCUUUUGGAUCACGAUUACAGUCCUGUGGUUCAGAUGCCUCCCUACAAACGUCCUCGCAUUGAGAACGAAGUGAACAAUCAAAAGUUCAUUGCUUCCUCGGAACAAAUUGGUGGUACGUUAAGUGGUAUAUUUGGUGGCCAAGAAAUGCCGUUUAUGAAACCGAGCAAUCGGAAAUAUAUCGAGCCACCAUUGGAUGACGUUUGGCCACCACCUAAUCCAGGCGGGAAAACGGAACCUAAAGUGGUCGAUAAGCUUGAAGCUUUAACCAACGAACUAAAGAUCAAUAUAUCUGACUCGGAAGGCACCAGAACCGUCCUCGUAAAAGUACCUCAUGAACAGUGAAGUACCAUCUUUCUUUCUUUUCUUCUUUAUUUCCCUUUUUUUCUGGAGAUAACAACAAAAUAAAAGAAUAAAUACCGUUUAAAUGAAAUCGAAAGAUCGUGAAAGAACGCAUGUAUCUCAAAGGUUUUCGUCGUAAAUUUCGAAUUUUUCAAUAAUAAACAUACAUCGAUAUAACUAGCGACAAAGUUAAACGUUAAUAGUAAAUCGAAUUGAAAAGAAACAUUAAGAAUUUAAUAUAUUCCUCUAAUAACAUACAUUCUUUGUUUUACUUUAAAUAAAUGUUUAUCAUAUGAGAGGAUCGAUCAUGGAAUAUUAUUAUAGAAUCGUCCGAUCAACGUUAGUUUUAAUAUUCAUAUAUAGGAAAUAAAAAGUAUGUUAACUAUCGAUGGGAAUGUUGACAAUGAAAUAAUAUCGUCAUUAUAUGGAAAGAGAGAAAAGAUAUCAUAUAUUAUUGAUUCUUUCCACGUUAAUGAUAUUCUCCAUUUGCUGAUAAGACACUUAUCGAGCAAAGCUUGAAUUUCAUCGUUAGCGAUAAAAUAUUUGUCUUGUAAGACAAUAAUAUUUAGAACGGAUAUUAUUAGGAAUAGCAACAAUCUUUUGUUUAUACAGAAUAUAGAUUCUUUCGUUAUUUAAAACAAAAUCAACGAUUCGAAUACCGUAAUUUUCUUUUACACAUUAGUUAUAUCUCAAGAAAAAUAUCUAUUUUUAUAUUCAGUUCGAGGAAUUGAAAAUGAUAAUUAAUAUUCAAUAAUAACCUUAUCGGUUUUAUUACAUAUAUUAAAUUCAUAAUCAGAAAUUACACACACAAACACACAUACGCACGCAUGCAAAUUAAAAAUAUUUAGAAGCAUUGCAGUAACAUGGAUAUUAAUUCAUGUGAUUUGUGCUCUCGAACUGAAUAUCAAAUAAAUAUCUUAACUUUUCACAUAUACAUUCGAAUGACCAUAUAAAUCACGUUAUUAAUAGAGUACUCUUUUUUAUCUAUGAUACAUUAAGAAAUUAAUUAAUAAUCAUCCAUUAAAGGCAAGGAUCACGUUGCCUUUUCUGACGCAUCAUCGAAGAUUCGAAAAUCGUCUUAAAACAAAUUGUUUCCCUUAAUCACAAUCACUUCAGAUAAUUUAUAGAAACCUUGUAUUCAUCGAACAUUGUAUGGAUGGCUUCAAGCCAAUCGGAAUCUUGCAAGGAUUAAUAUUGU